AGUUAUUUUAGGACCCCAACUUUCCACCCACCAUAAAGCUUUCUGGACUUCUAGGAACCCCAAUGCCCAUUUCCAUUGAAUGAUCGUAUUCAAUUCUGACAAUGCUAGCUGCAGGACCAAACUGCACCCAAAGAUGCAAACAGUCGCAUGAGAUUUCGUACCCUUUACUUUGGAAAAAUAUAAAGACAACUAUACAAAAGAUUAAAACGACAAAAACCAAAUUUGCUAUCGAUGUAGCGUGGAACUUUCUUUUCCCACAUAUUUCCAAAAACCCCCCUAUGUGUCCAUUCAUUUUCCAAGCUAUUAACUUACACCCCUUAUCCCCUAUUAUUACUCUAUAAAGUCGUAAACUCAAAACAUUCAUCAUGGAGAGAAGAAAGAGUAGGAGAAGCUGCAAUGAUGAAUUGGCAUUAGUAAAGGCAGCUGCAUGGGCAUGGUUUCAACAUGGAUCCGGGACCGACGGCAAACCAGUUAUGCCGGAAUUUGAUGUCAGAAGGACUUGUCAUGCUCCUUAUAAACCAUCCAGGUACAAGCUAGAAGCUAUGUUGAUUUCUAAUAUUAAUAAACAAGGCAUGGAAUUUGAAGGGUUGAAAUCACUAAGUGUUGUUGAGAGUAUCUCUGAUCAUUCGCUUCUUGAUACAUAUGAAAUUGAGAGUAUUUCCCGGAAAUUGGAUCAACUUAUAGAGUCUAGUGGUGAAGGCAAACUGUCUAAGGGGUUCCUAGCUGGAGAUGUUCUUGGUAGAAACAAGGCCAAACCGGGAGGCAGAGGCUCAAACUCUGACCUUGAGUGCGGAGAUAAAUGUUCGCUACCACUCAAGUUACAAGCUUCUAAUCUUGUUGAAGAUAAUCGUCGACAAGGAAGAAGUGAGUCACUAAUGGAUGGUAAAACAAAUGGGAGGAAGAACAAGAACAAGAACUUUACAGGGUUUUGGAAUAGGCAUGCAGCAAUAUGUGGCAGAAGUGAUGAUGUUCUAAACACAAAAGCUUUCGUGGUUAGUCGUCGCCGGCCGCGGGAAAAGGGUGUAUAGUAUUAUUAGUACCGGUGGUUAAGGUGGCCAACUGUCGGCCACGGGCCACGCAGGCCUCGUGAUCAAUUGGAACAUUAAGUUUUUUCUUUGCUUUGGUCGUUGGCUGUGUAAUACUUUGUCUACAGUUAGCUCAACUGUCCUUGAAUGCUUCACUUAGUUUUACUAGUUGUCAAGUUUCAACAUAUAAAAUACAAACGCAACCGAUAUCCAAUUUUUUGAAGUAUUUGUCCCUAGUAGAUGAGGUUUCCAAAGUGUUUAUGAUCGCUGCAAUUUUGUAUUUGAGGAUCCCUAAAUUAAAGAUAUAUAUAUUUCUAAUUUGAGGGACA